AAGCGCCCACCGAAGAGCCCUUCACAACAGAGGAACCAUAUGAAGAGGAGCAAUAUGAAGAUGUUUAUGAUGAGCAAAACACAGAACCAAUCACUGAACCCAGUGAAUAUGAUGACACUGAACAAUUUACAGAAGAGCACAAAAAGGACAAAACGGAGCCUUCAAAGACUAAAGCACGAUGCUUCCUUGAGAAAGAUUCAGGCGGUGCUUGUGGAUCGUAUUUGUCCAGAUGGUAUUACAGCCAGCAGACUAAGAAAUGCAUGCACUUCUGGUACGGUGGUUGUGGCGGAAAUGAAAACCGAUUCUUGACAGAGGAUGAGUGCUUUAGGCAAUGUGUGUCUACAGAAUCUGAAAAUCUUCAACAGGAUGAUUCCAGUUUCAAGGAUGUUUGCCAGCUCAAACUCGAUGCAGGAACUUGCUCAAACUUUUCAAUGAAAUGGUAUUUCGAAGUCCGCAGUGGUGAAUGUGUCCAGUUCUGGUACGGAGGCUGUGACGGGAACAGCAACAGGUUCAACACUCAGGAGGACUGUGAGAUUCGCUGUCUCAGGGCCAAAAAAUAUCUCCAAACAUCUAAACUGUGAUCCAGUCAUGGUGAGAAUUGUUGGCACCCUUGGUAAAUGUGAACAAAGAAACAUGUGGGG